AUGUCCCAGCUGACCUGGAUCAGGGGCCCCAUAUGUGGCAUUGGCAACUGCCGAUCCAGGCUAUAUAAGUCGUACGCUGGCCGUAAGAUAUGUCAAUAUGGUCAUGUUGUCGAGGGAAAUGUGGAGUUUGGUGAAGAUGAUGGAGAAGCCUACACCCAAACAAGAAGAAUCAACUUGCUGAUCAAUGAUACAGGGUUUGGUUCCAGCGUCACAGCAUCGGCAGUUCCAACGCAGUCUUCUACACCUGUUGCGCCAUCCCGCUUGUACGGCAAAGAAGCUAGGGCAUUGCAUUAUAAGGUGGCUCAACACCUACUACGAAAAAUUCUCGCCAUGGUUGUUAAAGAGUUGUUUCCUGGCGAUUCAAGCUACUUGCAGAAUGUAACAAUUCUUACCAAGAUAUUCUGGGUACGCUUCUGUAAGAAUUUCCAUGACUCGACAUCACCAACGAUUCUAGACUUAUACGUUCUUAUUUUUUUGGCAAUGAGACAGCUCAAUCAACAUCCGAUCUACAUUGAUGACUUUCUACGAUUGCUCAAAACAAACAAAGUACCUUUCAUAAAUGCUGCAACGCUCAUCCCGACCUCGUAUCUACGACAGCUCAAUCUAGCCCAGAGGCUAUUUUCAGCCAAUUCAAUCCCAAUCAAUGAUCUCUUUCAUCGCAAGGUCGGCACGUUAGCAUCUGUGGUAGCACCUAUCAAUCAAUGGCGCACAUCAUUAGAGCUUUUUUAUCCUGGGGCUUUUAAGGUAUUUAUCGAUCUCAAACUUCAAGACGCGCCGUGUCUUCUCACAUUGUUUCAUAGAAUAGGUUAUCGAAUCACAGAAGGAUACUUCAACUCAACUUGGAAAAAUGUCACGUCUUUGCCCGAGACACAGUACGUUGCACUUUUACAUUUGGUUAUUAAACUAUACUUCGCAGCGGCUCCAGACGUUCCUGACUUAGACAAGUGGAUCGAAUUUCUUAGCAUGACCGGCUCAGAUAUCCCCUGCUUUAAUACGAAGAUUCACUCAAUGCCUUUUACUUCCAUGAUAGAAAUGUCGAAGGAAAAGACUUCUAAGUAUUUUGACUGGAUUCAGAAUAAUCUAAUUCCUGAAGACCGCAAACUGGGUGACAGUGUUGAUAUACCACCGACAACUAAAAAACUCUAUGAAAUAUUCUCACUCUCAGCUUCAGAGAAGCCAACUGAGGUUCGUAAGUCACAGGUGGAUUUCAUCGAACGAAAGAAGAAUACUCUUUCUUCUGAGAAUAUCUUGAUGUUGGAGGAGAAGUUACUAGGUUACUUGUGCGUGCGGUUUGGCUUGACCCGAAAAACCUUGGUUGAAGCUACACAAAGAAUGGAGCUCAGCUUCUAUAAAGCUCUCAAGGCAGACGACGCAAUCAUCAGGUAA